AUGUCGACUGGUAACAUCUCGAACCCGCCCAGCUCAGCUCCGGCCGAGUCCAAGAGCGCGCGUAAGAAGAAGGCCAAGGCUGAGGCUGCCGCCGCUGCUGCAGCUGCUGCCGCGCCCGCUACCCCGACCAAGGAUGACCAGACGCCCGUUGAGGGCAGCGUCAACGGCGCCGAGGACACCGAGCACCCGUACAUCAAGGAACUCCAGAAGAGGCUUCGCAGCGUCAACAAGAAGCUCAAUGCCAUGGAAAAGGUCAACUCCGUGAUGAAGGAGAACCCCGACGUUUCCCUCGACGACCUCGUUGCCUCCAAGAAGAUCAACAACGACCAGAAGGCCCAGGCGCUGAAGAAGCCCUCGCUUGAGGCCGAGCGUGAACAGCUCGGCGAGCAGCUCACCAACUUCAAGAAGGUCCAGGAGGAGCUCGCCGCCAAGCUCGCCCGCCAGAAGGAGUCGCUGGAGGCCACACACGCGAAGGAGCUGAAGGAGCUGGAGGACAAGAUCCGGGCUGAAGAGAAGGCCGAGGCCGACAAGAUUGUGAAGCAGCGUCUGCUCAUCUUCUCUCAGUUCCUGCGUUCGGCUGCCGCCAGGCGCCAGCAGGGAGACGAGGAGACCGAGCUGUCCAAGGCUUUUGAGGGUGCCUUGCUGCACGUCUACGGUGGCAACCCGGAGGCUGUCGUGGCUGCUGAGAAGCUGAUCUCCGGUUCUGAGGAGCACGUCAUCUCGACUGAGGGUCUCGAGCUUACCGUGUCCUAUGCUCAGGUUAAGCAAGCCUCUAUUGAGGAUGCUCCCUUUGCCGCCGAGGAAGCCUGGGUCGAUCAGGUCGCCCAGGCCGACGCCGCUCCGCCUGUUGAGGAGACCACCGUCGGCACCGAUCCCACCGUCGCCCAUGCCGGCUUGACCGAGCUUGACGCCAAUGUCGCCCCAACGAAUGGCGAGGCUCCCGAGACCUCUGCCGUCCCUACUGCUAGUGUGGACGAUAGUGCGGCAAACGCUGCUGGUGACAGGUGGGACACCAAGGCCCCUGGUUCUGAGGACCCGCUGGCCGAGAGCUUCGAGAUGGUUCCUCGCGAUCCGACUGAGGUCGAGACUGCUCCCGAGCCGGCUCCUGCUACCAGCACCCAAAGCUGGGCUGAGGAGACCCCUGCUGCCGCAACUCCUGCCGCUGCUCCUCCGGCUGCUGCCCCUCCGGCCGCCGCUGAGCCUGCUCCGGCUACUAACGGUGAUGGUUUCCAAGAGGUUCCUUCGUCCCGCGGCGGCCGCGGCCGUGGAAACUUCCAGGGUGAGCGUCGUGGCGGAUACCGCGGCCGUGGUGGCCCCCGUGGCGAGGGCCGUGGCCGUGGCGGUUACCGUGGUGACCGCGGCGAUGGAUACCGUGGCCGUGGUGGAUACCGUGGCGGCCGUGGCCGUGACAACCACCAGGCUCAACCCUCGCAGUAA